AUGUUCACAGGCAUCGGUGCGUGUCAGGCGGUCAAAGCCGCUCUCGGAGGGAAGCAAACGCAGACGAAUCCGUUGACUUGAACAUCUCACACCCACUGUGACUUCCUUCCGACUCGGCCGCUCGGUGAUGCAGUCGAGCUGCUCGCGACAAUCGUGGCGGUCAAGGAAAAGGAUGACGGGCAGGGUGGAGGCGGAGGGUACAGUCUCAUCAUUGCAGGUUGCGCAGAUAUCCUCGACGACUGUCAUAUUGGCGAUAGCAUAGCCGUGAAUGGUGAGUGGGCUCUUGUUGGAGCAUCGCAUCGCCUGCCCGCACUCUUGACUCUUGCUCAUUGCAGCUUGUGCACCCACGACCUGAAAUUCGUGCUCGCGAUGCCGCCAGGCACUUGCUUGACAGUUACUGCCUUUGACGCGGAAAGGGCCUCGCCCGAAGCGCAGCAUGGCGCAAGUCCCCCUCAGAAAGGCUGGUUCAAGAUUGGCGUGGCGCCCGAAACGCUGAAAAAGACCAAUUUGGGAAGUUUGAAAGUAGGAGACAGGGUCAACUGCGAAAGGGCGAUGGGUGCGAAAACGAGGUUUGGUGGACAUUUCGUUCAGGUAUGUAGAGUAGGAGCGCAGGAUCUUGUCCGCUUGCUUGCAAUGCUCAUCUGCUCCUCCUCUUUCACCCCCUUCCAGGGUCAUGUCGAUACCACCGCGAUGCUUGUCAAAGUUACACCCACAGGCAAUGCGCUCACUCUGGUUCUACGUCUCAACAAUUCUCCCGACCUGCUCCCUCUUCCUUCCUCUCUUUCCCCCUACCUCAUUCCCAAGGGCUACAUCACGCUAGACGGAGCAUCUCUCACGCUCAUCGACGUCAGUCCAGCCGAAGGCGGACCUUUGAGCUCUACGGCCGGUCAGCCGGAAUCGCAAGGCGGUGCUAGACCAGUUGGAGAGGUGAAGGAGCAUGUGGAAUUCAGCGUCAUGCUCAUCGCUCACACUCAGGAUGCCAUUGGAUUGAGCAAGAAAAAGCCGGGUGAGACGGUGAAUGUGGAACUGGAUGUGAGUUUCAAAGCUGCUUCUUUCUAGCUGCGAGAAGCCAAAAUUUUGCGGCUACAUCGGGAAUUGAUCGGGUGUUGAUGACUCCUUGCCAUUACAGAUGGUCGGCAAGUACGUCUACAGGGCAGUGGUGGGAGCAGCGGGGUCGGUCGGAGCGUCCACAUCCGACCUUGCGCCUACUUCAGAAGGCGGCAAGGCCUUCAGUACGAGCGGUGUGGAUGCUGGUGCGGCCGCGCUCAGUCAGACGCAGACCGCAGGCAGAACGGCCUCUGAUGCUCUUACCGCUUUCAUCGAGAGGACUGUCCGGAGGGUACUGUCGGAGCAGAGCAGUCUUUCCAGAUAG